AUGUUAUCAUACGCAACUUACAUCAGUGCUACGAUCCAUGCCCGCAUAGUUGCGCAAAAGGGCAAAUCAUCAACAUCCUUUCAAUCUCUUACACUCUGCCGGAGCGUGUUACAGGAGCAUCAGUGUCUCUACGGUGCGGCGGGAAAGGCGAAAGAAAGUCUUGAACGUCUAUGCGAUCAUCUCAGUAUCGAUUCUGCAGAGGAUUGUGCGCAAACUCAUGUUUUCACGGAAGCCGUGCCUCGAGAGCCCAUGGUCACGAACGGUCCUUCGCAAAGUUUGAAUGCAUCGAGUAUUCCAGACCAGCCUAUUGAAAUCACUUCGCAGAUCAAUUGGGGCUUGUCGGAUCUUGAUCUUGAGGCAAUUGCCCAAGGCUUCCGUUUUGAUGGCGAGUUGGAUUAUCUUAUGCACCCCGUCGGAAUGUAA